AUGCCUCGCUCAAGAAAAGCUCAAAAAGUCUCUACCGUUUCUAGCCUGAGAGCCACCCGCCAAAACACUGCUUCUACCUCCAAUCCAACAUCCACUAAAUCUUUGGUUAAUCCUCAAACUCCAAAGAAAUCAAUAGAUCAGCAUAAUGUGAAAAAAAGAAAGAGGUCUGCAUGUCGUCCAUCCACCUCUACUCAUCAUGUUCCGGAUUUAUCGGACGAAGAAGAACUAUGCGAUCCAACUGAGGUUCGAUCUACAACAGUUCAAAAGUCUUCCCGGGUUCUGCGAAACUGUUGUCAACUAUUUCCCUAA